CGUCGACCGGCUCGAGGACUUCGGGGUUCGCCGCCGUCGGGGGGACCCGGUCGUUCGGAGCCGGGCGGGCGGCCGAUGCGAAUUCAAGCACGACAGCUGAAUGGAACUGUUGAUGAGAUCGAUGUGCUGCCAGAUGCCACCGCCCGCGAGUUGAAACAGCUGCUCAAGGACUCGGCCUACAGCUGCAGUGACUCGAGUGACGAGAUCACACGUGCGUUGACCAUCGUGGAGGUGGUCUUCGAGAUGCACCAGUUGGACGAUGAAGAAACGCUGCUUGAGGCAGGCAUCACUGCUGGCACCGAGGUGCCCGAUGAGACCUUGGUGGAGCGCGGCUGCGGCCGCCGCCUCGAUCCUGAGACAGGGGAGAUCUACCACCUGAAGUUUAGGCCGCCACCCGAGGAGGUGGUCGAGCGCUUGGUGCACCGCAGUGACGACCAGGACAGGCGAUGUUCAGCCGCGGUUUGGCUACGCUGGUUUCGCCGCCGUUCGGGGCCCAAGAUUUUGGGGUAGGGACCAUAGCAUUAGCUUUAGCUGGAAUAGGCAAAUCACACCAGACCAAAAGACGGAAAGCACCAAUAGAAUGAUACGUGAUGUUAUGGGUACUCCACGCAGUAACCAGAUAUGAUAUGUUCAAUAAAUGAUAUGGAUUAAUUGAUAAUUGACUUUUAA